AUGAGAGGGCAAGGUAAUUUCAAUAUGGUAAUACUAUCAAACGUUGGCGGCAGCGGCGCGGUGAAAGCGGUUGCGGUGAGAGGCUCAAGGGGAAAGACUUGGCGUCAGAUGACUCGUAACUGGGGUGCCAACUGGCAGAGCUCCGGCGAUCUCCGUGGACAGAGACUUUCCUUCAGAGUUACUCUCCUUGACCGCAAAACAAUGACGUUUUUAAAUGUUGUUCCUUCUUCUUGGUGGUUCGGUCAAACCUUCUCUUCUCGAGGCCAGUUUCACUGA